CCUCGACGCUGUUAGGCGCUUCAGUUGUGUGUUAGAAUCUGCCUCGCUCUAACGCUGCCCUCCGCACCCGCGAUUAGUGUGAAUCUGUCGAUCGAUUCAGUGUGAUUCCGACGGGAAAAAAAGUGAAACAAUCACCAUGGCAAAGCUAGUGUUGAUCGUCCUGGCCCUGUGUGCCGUGCAGGGAAGCUUCGCGAUGGUUCGCCGUGAUGCCCCGGCUGCACCGGCCGAGGAGCCCAACUUCUUCCAGUCGAUCAUGAGCAUCAAGGACAAGAUCGAGGGCGUGUUCCAGGAGACGCAACAGAACGUGCUCAAGUCGCUCGGCUUCCAGUCGAACGAGGAGGUGGUGCAGACGAUCCAGUCCAACACCAACCAGUACGUCGAGCGGCUCCGAUCGGUGCAGGGCGUGAUCGAGGAGGAGGUGAAGAAGAACUCGGACAUCUUCGAGCCGAUCCUGAAGGACCUGAACACCAAGCUGGCCCAGACGACGGCCACCCUGUCCGAGCAGAACCCGGAGGUGGUGCAGAAGGCGAAGGAGUACCAGGCCCAGGUCCAGAGCAACGUGCAGGCCCUGGUGGCCGAGGCCCAGAAGACGGUCGAGAAGCUGAAGGAGGACACGCGCGUGCCGACCGAGAACAUCCAGGACGCGCUCAAGAAGCUGUACGACUACACGUUCGAGACGUUGACCAAGACGGCCAACGAGCUGAAGCCAAAGAACUAAGGGCCGCCACUCACUCGCU